AUGCUUAAGCAGUUCGAGACACUACCACAAGACAUGCAGCGCAACAAGACUGACGUUCUAGGCCUCCAAGAGACCAAGCUUUAUACGCUAGGACGCUACGAGAUUGGAGACUACACCCUCCUAACCCUGACAGCCGCUUCCAAGAUGUACGGAAUCUCAGCACAAUUCAACAGGCGGCACAUCACAUUUACCACCAGUGACUUCAACGCCAAGCUCGGGAACCGCGUUACGGGGGAAACCUUUCUCGGGGUUCACGCUCGAGGACGCCGUAACAGGAACGGCCGCGCCCUGGCGGCUUUCUGGGACGCCUUUCAGUUUUUUGCAGCGAACACGGCCUUCAAAAAACGAGCAAGGAACAAAACGACCUGGACACAACGUCGUAAGGAGCACAUCGUCUACAAUCAAAUUGACUACGUUCUCUGCCCCCAGAAUUGCCGCCGAUUCUGCCAAGAUGCUCAAUCCUGGGGCGGAACGCUAACCGCCUCCGACCACAAGCUCGUAACGGCAGAUUUUUUUCCUUCGCAACCCGGGCCGCCUCCGAUACCGAGCACGCCCAACACGACAAGGCCACCUACAGCUCGACCGCAACCAACUCAUUCACGACGAUGA